AUGGCUGCCUGCCAAGGCCAAAUUCACGUAUUUGACUCGCAGGACCUCAUCGACGUCUACAUCCCAGAUGGCCCUGAGACUGUCAUCUAUUGCUAUUACCCGCGCUACAAGGCGAUCCAACGAGCACAACACCCGCUCGGCCCUCGAAGCACCCUUGCAUCUCGAUCUGCCUCGCGGCACUCUCGCCCUGUCUCCCCUACCUCCCGCCUUCCCCAAACUGUCGCCGAGUCCAGUCAAGUACGAGGAGAUCUCCCUCCAGACCCUGCGCCAGAGCCUGAGCCUGAGGAGGGUACAGGUGAAGAAGGAAUCUUGGAGUCCGAGUCCGAGGAUUUUGUUGGGUCCGCCUCGCUGACAGCGCUCGCCCCCGCGUCAGCAGUCCCUGACAUACAUGACCCCCCCACCAAACUUCCUCCGGUGCCUUCACCAUUGUCUCCACCGAGAGGCCGCUCGAGCACUCGCUCCUCUCAAAGUUCGACCAGCGGAGGGCCACCACAGCCACCUCCGCCCCCGCAGCGUCCUCCGUCCCCCCCAACGCUGGUAAUGUCUUCUCCCCCGACCACCCCCGACAAGGAGACCCUGAAGCUCCUCCUCCCACUCCGAUACGAUGGCAAGACCGUCAUCGAAUGCGACAGAUUCUUGUUGCAACUCUGUAUCUAUUGGUUGAUCAACACAUCGUUGACAACCAUUGAGCUCAAGGUACAAGUUGCGCUGAGCCUGCUCGAUGGCGACACCCGCGCCUGGGCCACGCCUUACUUUGCCCAACUCGCGUCGGUGCAGAUGGGAGUACAAGGGGUCACAACCCCCUUCAGGAACGAAGCGGCCUUCACUGCUGCCUUUAAGGCCCACUUUCUCGACGACGAGGUGGCAGCACAAGUAGAGCUGGUGAAGCUCUGCGCGGACAAGUCGGUCCGCGAAAAAUGCACCGCUGCGGAGUUCUCUGCGCUGUUCAAGGGUUCGGUGGACCGUUCCGGGUAUGGGGACCUGGAACUACGCGACAAGUACCUGAGCGGCAUUCCCUCCUGCGUAUAUCACAAGAUCGAGCUCGAGACCUUCACCACGUGGCAAGUGGCUGAAAAGCGGGCCACUAAGGUCGAGCAGAUCCUCGACAUCAGCCGGGCCUGUCAGCCUGAGCUGAACAACUUCUUCUCGGCUUGA